AAGAACGUUCGAUGGGUUUUCACGCUAGCAACUACUCUUGCUAGGUCCAGCACAAUACACCCAAAUUAAGUGCGCUGUUAGAUCGAGUUUGUUAGGAAAAACGUCAUUUUUUUCGGAAACGAUCAAGAGCCACGCUCGUUUCCCAGGUAUCACAUCCAGAGGUGUCAUAUUCAACUGAUAAGAGCGACGCCCAAGUAAAUUAUGUGCUGCAGCUGAAGAUGGGUGGCAGCGGCUCCAAAGCCAAAGGAUUUUGGCCUUUCUCUGGUUCAGGCAGUGGUGAUGACCAAGCCAAAGAUGCAAAUGAACAGUCACUGGCAAGAACUCGAAGUUUCCCAAGCGCAACUCCAUUUGUGUUUACCAGGCGAAGCUCUCUGUUCUUGGACGAAGAUGGCGACCUGGCCCACGAGUUCUAUGAAGAGACUAUUGUGACCAAAAAUGGGCGUAAAAAAGCCAAGCUGAAGAGGAUUCACAAAAACCUGACACCUCAGGGAAUGAUAAAGCUGGACUUCCCGUGCAUCCAUGUAGAUUUCCCUGUCGUCCUUUGUGAAGUCUGACGACGUCCAAGACAAACACGCUGUGUCAGCGCCGUCCCGUGGUUUCCCCCCACUCCCUGCAACCAGGAGACCAGAAAUUUUCCGCUAACACACUACACAUCUCUUGAUGUAUUUAAAGUGCGUCUGUGGUCAAGAUGAUGUCAUGUGGGCCGAGCCUCUGCAUGUGAUCUGUUGCUAGCGACGCUUUAUAGAUCACCUAUGGGAGAGAUGGUGGCAAGUUAGAACUCGGUUUACAUGGUUUGUGUGUGUAUGCAUGUACGUAAGUGUGUUGUUGCAGACAUGGGAUAGGUUGGACUCCUGAAUUGAUUGCUGCAGAUUAUUUUCAGGUAUGGAACUUUUUAAGGGGAUUAUUACAGAGUCCUCCCCUCACGUGGUAUUAUCUACAGAAGUAAAGUAGUUGCACACUUAAGCAUUGUUCAUUUUUUCUUUUUCAUCUCAACUUUGCAAUGCAUGGGAAAAGGAUCAGAUGAUUGCUUGUAAUAACAAAGAGAGUUGACAAUCAGUUGCCCUCCAAUUAAAUUGAAAUGCUUCAAUGAUUUUGGCGUGAUGUCACAUAGGAGUUACAACAGGAGUAGAGACGUCCGCCUCGAGACCUGAUGUGUGCUUUGCUGCUUCUGCAUACGAUAUUUCACUUUUAAUUUAUUAUAACGUUUUUCUUCAUUUUAAAUACACAUUCAAAUGCCUCAUUGUG